UUCAGAUUUAUUAUUCUGUGAGUUAUUUGGAAAACCACUAAAUCCGUCCAUAUUGUCUUCAGAUGGUUUCCCAAAUGCGUAUUAUGACACAAACACUUCUGACGACUUAGCCAAGAAAGUCAGGAUUUUUUGUUUCGUCCUGACUACCCCAGGAACGCUGAACGUGCAGAAGCUGUCAAUGCCACGUGGCUCAGGCGGUGUUCAGGUUCCAUGUUUGUGUCGUCAUCGCCGUUACCUUUCAAGAAUACACUUGUUGUUGGAGUGCCCGAUGGUCGGAAUCAUUUAACCCCCAAAACCUUCGCCGCCUUUCAGCACUUGUAUCAACAUCAUCUGGAAGACUAUGACUGGUUUCUGAAGGGUGACGAUGACCUGUACGUCAUUUUGGAGAAUCUACGCUUAUUUUUAUCCCACCUGUCCCCUGACAAACCAGCGUACCUCGGCCAUCACUUUCGUUUCUUUGUGCACAAUGGCUACAUGAGUGGCGGAGCAAGUUACGUUCUUAGCAAAGAAGCGCUGAGACGUCUUGGAGAAAAAGGAGUGGGUUCCCUGACGCCUCUAUGUUCUCUUGAAGAGACGAGUGAGGACGUAGCCAUGGGGCAGUGCAUGGAGGUACUGGGAGUUUCUCCAAUCAAAACCAGCGAUGUUUUCGGCAGACAGUCCUUUCUUCCGUUCAGCUUAGAGUACGUCCUAUUUGACCAGGGGAACUGCGUAAAGUCCAAUUUUUCACUCAAUCCAAUGUCUGCAGGAAGGGAGUGCUGCAGCCAGCUAUCGAUUUCGUUUCAUUACAUCGAACCCCGCAUGAUGUAUAUGAUAGACAUGCUGCUCUAUCGCGUAAGUGUGUACGGGCGCCACGGACAGGACGUGGCCCUCAGGACUUCCGUGUUCAAGCCACAAGUGGAAGAGAUUGAUCACAAGGACGACCAGGAAAUAUUUUAUCCAUAGUGACUUGUGUGUCUUUGUACUCCCGGAAACUCCUUCUUUCUCUUCAGUAACAGACCCGACGAAUACUUGCUUUAAAAAUACGAGGAGGAAUUUUUUCCCUGCCCCUUAUAACUGCUGAAUACACAAUAUUAAUAAAUGAUUUGACAUGUUUAUUAUGUGGCCUUUCCACAAUCCCGGACAGAGCAAUGGUCUAACCCUUGUCCGGCUAAGGGUGUGCAUGAAAGUCAUUGUCGCAGAGUUGACUUUGCUGAUGCUGUAGCUUCUACUCUAGUUUAAAGUCAUCCACAGAGUAACUUUUUCGGCCUUGCUGAAACGUUGUAGCCUGGCCUACCUUUCUCCUGUGCUGCUGUACUCUAAGCCCUGCCUCCCGACAGAAGACGUUUUUGCUGAGAGAAACCCACGACCUACCUGAUGCUCUGUGACAAAACCCACGACCUACCUGAUGUUCUAUGAUACCCUUAUGAAGGUAGGAAGAAUGGAAAGGUGAGGCGCUCGAUGUUCUCUUCCAUCGUGACGUGCACCGGACCUGGGUACAGGCUCUGGUAAGCUACACCCUUCCGGCAGGAAAAUAUUUAGAUUUGAAAGGUUUUUUUUUUUUAAUAUUUGGGGUUGUUGUUUAAAUAGUCUGUAAACUAAUUUAAUAAUAUAACAAUAAUAGAAUUAUAAUGUCUAUUACCUUUGUCGGCAAAAAGAUCGAGCCUGCCAUAGUGUCAGGAUGAACUACCACCUUCGGAAUUUCGCACUAGUGAUGUCCACUCAGGACUUUUUCUUUAGGAAAAUUGUCGGUACACAGGGACACCGGUACUAUUACUUGAAAACAGACCUGUGUCUCCCAGUUAAUCUGGGAUUAAUAAACAAAAAUAAUAAAGGUAAUGACGAAUUAGAGACCACAAUUUUCUCGGGACCAGUUUAUUGUGAUGACAGUACCCAUCUCUUUCCCCAUUCCUCUGGAGGGUCAAGAAAGUACUCAUUCCCUAGAGCUGGCUAAAAGUUAUCUGCACCACACGUGUAUCGAACCGGCACUUCUUCAGGUUCGGUCGCGAGAGUUCUAGCCAGUCGACCAUCUGCUUUCCUGAAUCUAGUGAUUAUAAAGCGCUUAGCUCAGUUGACAUGCCUUCCUUUGUCCUUCCGUCUGGUGUGCAGUGAAAGGCGUGUCGGCUUUUCGCUGCAAGUGACUUCAAGAAGUCAGUAGCUUCAAAUUCUUGUUAAGAAAAUAAGCAAACACAUGACAACAAGAAUAAUUCUAACCUGAGUUGCAUUAGGGUUUGUAGCUCCUAUUUCAUACGCAAAGUUGUCCAGACCACACUAAUGUCCCUGCAACUCAACCUGGAAUAUUGUGAGCAAUAAAUGCACCUUCAGCGGGAGAGGCAUAAACUAUAACUACAGAAUAAGAUGCUUUUCAUAAUGAUAUUUGGAUACUAGACUCAAAAACACACUGUCAGUGCCAGUACAACGUGUUGGAACUCGAAUAUUUUAUUGACCAUUUCAGCCAUUGUCACUUUUACUGGGUGAGCAUAUAAAAGCCAUCCUCUCACUCAUCCCAUCACCUAUGCAUUCAUACACCUCUCGUCCCUAUCAUACAUACAAUCUGUUUACACACUGUGUAACAGUCCUCUAACUCACUCACUCAUCCAAUCACGUAUCCAUUUAAACCCCUCUCAUCCUUAUUCCUACAUGCAUAUACAGUUUGUAUGUACACAAUAUGACCAUUCCCUAAUAAUAUCAUGAUUCAAAAACAUCUCACACGUAAAGCAGCAUCAUCAUACAUGGUCAGGAGCCAUUAAUCAUACUUCACAUAAAACAGGCUCGCUUGUCGUCCUUAUCUUAAUCUAUGGUUAAACCAUGCUAGUUGUUUUGUUCUUCGUUGUGUGGGGUAACAAGGAUGAAAAAAAAAAAAGUACAACGUGCUCAAUAUACUGAGUAUUAUAUUAUCUCUUGACAGAACUGUCUGGAACUGAUUAUUCAGCUUGGGAAAGGUUGAUGUACCUUCCAGUAACAUUUCUAACGAGAAAUCCCGGAGAACUGGAGUAUUAUAAGCAUUUUAUAUUAUUUAUUACAUGUAGUUCGUUUUUGCUACACAGAAAAGAUUUAGUCACAAGGCGGUCAGUGACGCGUAAUGCUGAUGUACCUGCCAUAUGAACACACACACACAAAUUGUAGAAGGAAAUAAAAAUGCAUGUCUA